AUGGGCGUUCCCGAGUCACCCAUCCCGAGCUUCGCGCGGGGACUUGCCGUCGCGGCCCUCCCGACCAUUAGCUACUGCGCCCUCGUCGAUGGCGAUGCCGGCGAGACAGCCAAGCUGCUGUCGGUCUCGACCAGCGAGGGCUUCUUCUACCUUGACCUCCAGGGGGAGGGCGAGCCGGCGGCAACGCUCUCCAACGUCGACCGCAUAUACCGGUUUAUGCGGUCCUGGUUCAACCAGUCGGCAGAGACCAAGCUCCAGAGCUUGCAGUCCAAUUACCUAGACGGCUACAAGGCGACCGGGUUCUUUGCUGGGCCAUACGACGGCACCCGCGAUGCGUACGAAAGCCUGAAGGUCUCGCACAAGUCGCUGGACGCGGCGAGCGCGCCUCUCGCGGCGGACGUCCAGUCGCACCGGGGCCUGUUCGAGACGUACCUGGGGCAGGCCAACGGCAUCGCUCGGCAGCUCCUCUCGUCCCUCUCGUCAGCCAUGUUCCUGACCGGGCGGGAGCGGUUCGAGGCCUCGCACGAGACGAGCGCCGACUCCAACUCGACGCUCGUGCUGCUGCGCUACCCGUACGUGCCGCCGGCGCUGCGCUCCCAGACGGUCGGGCACAACAAGCACACCGACAUUGGCAGCAUCACCGUCCUCUUCACCGACCAGUGGGGCCUGCAGGUCAUGGCCGCCGACACGCAGCGCUGGGAGUACGUGCCGCCGCGCGCAGGCUGCGCUGUCAUCAAUGUGGGCGACUCACUGCGCUUCCUGUCGCGCAAGAGGCUGCGCUCGUGCCUCCACCGCGUGGUUCCCGUAGAUGGGCAGACGGGCGACCGGCACACUAUCGCGUACUUUCUUCGCCCGGACAACCGCGUCUCCUUUGUGGACAGCAACGGGGAGCUCGUCACGGCGGAGCGCUGGCACGACGUCAAGUACGAAGUGUUUCGCGCCACGCACGACGAGCAGCGCCGCGAUACGGUCCUCACGGGCGGGCUGGAGCCUGUGGACAUGGAGGCACCUGCCGCGGGCUGA